AUGGUUAUUCGUGCCCAAUAAAGUUAAAUUAGCAGAUUUAAAAGCAAUUGUAGCUGAACAUCGACCAUUUGAAAAUGUGAGUGAACAAAUGUAA